CCGCGGCCUGAGGCGCCGGCGGCGGCCGGGGAUUAGAGGGAUUCGCUGGAGCUCCGACGCCCGGAGACGCCCGGCCUGCGGCUGCGAUGGAGGUCGCGGCGGUGCGGCUGCUGCGCGGCGGCGCGCUGCUGAGACGGACCUUCCCAGCCUGCCUGCCUGCUGGGAAGAGCCCGCCCCGGGCCCUCCGGGCCUCCCAGUCCCAGGCGCUGCCGCGGGCGGCGGGCGGCCGGCUCCCGGGCGGCCCCCUGCAGACGCUGUCGGAGGAGGAGCUGAUGAUCCAGAGCGCAGCUAGAAGGUUUGCCCAGGAACAAGUGGCUCCUUUGGUCUCCACGAUGGACGAAAACGCCAAGAUGGAGCCAGCAGUGAUCCGAGGCCUGUUCCAGCAAGGGUUCAUGGCCGUGGACGUGGACGCCCGGUACGGAGGGACCGGGGCCUCCUUCUUCUCCCUCGUGCUGGUGGUGGAGGAGCUGGCCAAGGUGGACGCGUCCGUGGCUCUGAUGUGCGACGUCCAGAACACGGUGGUGAACGGGCUGCUGCGGAAGCAUGGGACGGAGGAGCAGAAGGCCGCCUACCUGCCCCAGCUGGCCACGGCCACGGUGGGGAGCUUCUGCCUCUCGGAGGCCGGGGCCGGCAGCGACUCGUUCGCCUUGAAGACCAGAGCCGAGAAGAAGGGGGGCCACUAUGUCCUCAACGGGUCCAAGAUGUGGAUCACCAACGCCCGGGAGGCGGGGCUCUUCCUGGUGAUGGCCAACGUGGACCCGAGCGCGGGCUACCGCGGGAUCACCUGCUUCCUGGUGGACCGGGACACGGAGGGCUUCCACGUGGGCAAAGCGGAGAACAAGCUGGGCAUCCGGGCCUCGUCCACCUGCCCACUCGCCCUCGAGGACGUCAAGGUCCCAGAAGCCAACGUCCUGGGGCAGGUGGGCCACGGCUACAAGUACGCCAUCGGGAGCCUCAACGAAGGCAGAAUAGGCAUCGCGGCCCAGAUGCUGGGGCUGGCCCAGGGCUGCUUUGACUGCGCCGUUCCGUACGUUAAAGAAAGGAUGCAGUUUGGGAAAAGACUGUUUGACUUCCAGGGGCUGCAGCACCAGGUGGCCCAGGUGGCCACCCAGCUGGAGGCGGCGCGCCUGCUGACCUACAACGCCGCGCGGCUGGUGGAGGCGGGGAGGCCCUUCGUCAAGGAGGCGGCCAUGGCCAAGUACUACGCGUCCGAGGUCGCGGGGCUGACAACCAGCAAAUGCAUCGACUGGAUGGGCGGCGUGGGCUACACCAGGAGCUUCCCCGUGGAGAAGUACUUCCGAGACGCCAAGAUCGGUACGAUCUACGAGGGUGCGUCCAACAUCCAGCUCAACACCAUCGGGAAGCACCUGGACGCACAGUACUGAGCGGCCGCCGCGGGCACCCGGCUCUGCCUUCGGGAGCCGCACGGUUCCUGCAGCGCAGCGGCCGACGGAGCUGUGGUUGUGGGUCUUGGCCGACCUCUCUGUGCCGCCCCCCGGCUCUGCCUCGGGCACAGGAGCCAUUCAGUCUGGGAGGAACGCCCCCUCUCCUUCGGAACCGUCCCGAGGCGGCUCUCCCCGCAUCUGGACGCUGGGCACCCGCUUCUGUCCCCAGUCCCCCCGGGCACCGUCAGCCGUGUUGGUGAGACAUGGACGUCUCCAGGUUUGAGCCGUCCGCAGCUGCUAAACGUGCAGAAAUGGCAGACGUUUUCUGUGGGGCCUGGACACCUUCUCGUUGUGAGACCCUGAGUCACAAACACCAAGAAAACGUUUUAACAAAAUAAAGCGAAUCGGACACGG